AUGUCUUACGAUCGAGCACUCACCGUAUUCUCCCCCGAUGGACACCUCUUCCAGGUCGAGUACGCUCUCGAAGCCGUACGGAAAGGAACCUGCGCCGUGGGUGUUCGAGGCAAGGAUGUCGUCGUUCUCGGCGUAGAAAAGAAGUCUGUGCUGCAGCUGCAAGAUGCGCGAACCAUCCGAAAAACCGCCAUGCUCGACGAACACAUCUGCCUCGCUUUCGCUGGACUCACCGCCGACGCACGCAUCCUCAUCGACAAGGCACGAACCGAGUGCCAAUCGCAUCGCUUGACCGUCGAAGAUCCCGUCACCGUCGACUAUAUUACCCGACACAUUGCUGGAAUCCAACAGAAAUACACGCAGUCUGGUGGUGUUCGUCCCUUUGGCAUUUCGACGCUCAUAAUCGGCUUCGAUGCCAACGACGCCAAGCCAAAGCUGUACCAGACUGAGCCUAGUGGAAUGUACUCGGCGUGGAAGGCAAACGCCAUCGGUCGAAGCUCCAAGACGGUUCGCGAGUUUUUGGAGAAGAACCACAAGGACGACUUGAGCAAGGAGGAGACCAUCAAACUCGCCAUCAAGAGUCUGCUCGAGGUGGUCCAGACUGGUGCCAAGAACAUCGAAAUCGCCCUCAUGGAAGGUCACGGAAAAGUUAGGAACGUUGAACUCGCCGAAAUCGAGAAGUUCGUCGAAGAGAUCAACGCAGAAAAGGAGGUCGAAGCAGAGAGGAGGAGAAACCGUCUAGCCGCUACUGCCGGUGCACAAGCUUCCAUGUCGUAG